UCUUGUAGCCCUGGGACGACUGACAGUGUUAAUGCGCCUCUGCAUUAGUAGCAAGCUGGGCAAACCAUUACAUCAAAACGCGCUCUCCCUCCAGCACCCCCAUAUCCCACCCACAUCCUUUCAUACACUCGGACUCGCCGUGAUUCCCUAGAAGUCGGAAGAGCGCCUCUGCACCAAUUGCGACUUCGCGAACAGGAGGAGCCUGCCGAUUGGACUAUCGGUGCUCGAAUGAUCGCUGUGGAAGAGAACGGAGGCCGGCUUGCGUCAGCGAGAUCGGAGCUCCGUGGACUUUGUCUCAGCUCUGAUAGAGAGAAUAGCCAUAUUGGCGGAGAAUGGGAGUGUAAGGGAAGGGCAUAGCAGGUGAGUCAUCUCUACUGGCUGAGAAGACCGCACGGCUUGUGAGGAGAGAAGAGUGAGCAAGUGGGAAAAGCCAUGGGUGGCGGAGGACAGCAGAAAGAGCCUGGUGCUAGCGGCGGCCGAGGCAGCAGCGGCGGUGGCGUGUACACAUGGGAGGAGGUGCAGAAGCAUUGCCACCGAACUGACAAAUGGCUGGUCAUCAACAGGAAAGUGUACAACAUCACCGAGUGGGCCAAGAGGCACCCGGGAGGCAUCCGGGUAAUCAGCCACUAUGCCGGCGAGGAUGCCACGGAUGCAUUUGAUGCAUUCCACCCAGAGCCAGACUUUGUUCGCAAGUUUCUGAAGCCGCUGCUGAUAGGGGAACUGUCCCCGUCGGAGCCCAGUCAGGAUCACCCGAAAAAUGAAGUGAUUGUGCAGGAUUUCCGGGACCUGCGUGACCGUGUGGAGAAAGAGGGCCUCUUUCAUACAGACCCACUCUUCUUCUCUCUCCACCUUGGACAUAUCUUACUUCUUGAGGUCCUUGCUCUGCUGGUGCUGAGGACCUGGGGCACAGGAUGGAUGCAAACCAUUGCCUGUGUGGUGAUCUUGACCAUUUGCCAGUCCCAAGCUGGGUGGCUUCAGCAUGACUUCGGCCACCUGUCUGUCUUCAAAAAGUCACGUUGGAAUCACCUGCUUCACAAGUUUGUCAUUGGACAUCUAAAGGGUGCAUCUGGCAACUGGUGGAACCACCGUCAUUUCCAGCAUCACGCCAAGCCCAACAUCUUCAGCAAGGAUCCAGACGUAAACAUGCUGCACACAUUAGUGCUGGGGAAGACACAGCCAGUCGAGUAUGGGAUAAAGAAGCUGAAAUAUUUGCCUUACAAUCAUCAGCACCAAUACUUUUUCUUCAUUGGACCGCCGUUGCUCAUCCCUGUGUAUUUCAACAUUCAGAUCAUGUAUACCAUGCUGUCUCGCCGUGAUUGGGUGGACCUCGCUUGGGCCCUAACUUACUACUUGCGAUACUUUUACUGCUAUGUUCCCUAUUACGGAUUCCUUGGUUCCAUAGCACUUGUCACGUUUGUAAGGUUUCUGGAGAGUCACUGGUUUGUGUGGGUCACACAAAUGAACCACCUUCCUAUGAACAUUGAUUAUGAGAAGAACCAGGACUGGCUGACCAUGCAACUUAUCUCCACCUGUAACAUCGAACAGUCCGCCUUCAACGACUGGUUUAGCGGGCACCUUAACUUCCAGAUUGAACAUCAUCUGUUUCCCACAAUGCCCCGGCAUAACUAUUGGCGCGCUGCUCCAAUGGUGCGUGCCGUGUGCGAGAAGCACGGCGUUCCAUACCAGGUCAAGUCCCUGUGGCAGGGUUGCGCUGACGUCGUGAGCUCUCUGAAGAUGUCUGGUGAAUUAUGGCUGGAUGCCUACCUCAACAAGUGAGCCCAGAGGCUAUUGGUGGGACAUUAUUGGACUUUUUUUUCAGGAAGAAAGAUUCCAUUCAUGAAAGUGACUUUAUAAAGUGUAACAACAUCCUAAUUUUGUUAAUAUGAUUGAUCUUUUGUAUCUAACAACUGUAGUUUUUUGUCUGAUUUUGUUUGUGGUUGGAAACAAUGUAAGGGUCCGCUGACACUUGUAGAUGUCUCUAAUUCUCUGACAAUCUUCAUAAAGCUAGUGGAAGUUGAAGUAAAAAUGACUUCCCUGCAACAUUAGGACCUCAAUUAAGACCUCAAUUAGUUUCCUCACUAGAUGAAGGUGCCAUGGACAUAAACUAAUCUGACUGGUUAAUGCAGAUCAAGCCCCUUCAGGCCCAUUUUUUUGCUGUAGUUGGCCUAUUUCAGGUCAUUUUCUCUGUAUAACUGUGAGGACAGAUUCAAAAUGUCACUAUACUUUUUAAAAGAAUCAACAAUUAAAAAAUUAAUCAAUGGA